UGUCGGCACUGUCGGCAGCUGAUCUAGCGAUUCCCGCGACUUCUCGAUGGAGAUUCUCGUCGUCGUCGAGUCUCACGUGGUUUCACGUCUCGAGAUCGUUUAAUCGGGAAUAUCAAAACGCGCCGUUUUACACGCGUGUCCGAAAAAGUAUAACUUAAAUAACUGAAUUAAACGAAUUCUGUGUCGCGCAGUUCAAACUUGUGCAUUGUUUCCAAGAAAAAUAAAAUAAAAACUGAUGAGUGCAGCUUAGCGCCAAUUGUUGAACGUACAGGUUAGGUCGCGACAGCGGCUGACGGCAGAGGAAGGAUGCUCCGGAUCUUAUCGCUCCACGACUUCGAGAGUCCCGCCUUCGGCGAGGCGGCCAUCAUCGGCCUGAUCGAGGGCGUCAUCCAUUACUGCGCCUACGAUGCCCUGCAGGACGAGAUGCAGCCCUUCGCCAAGUACCUGCGUGACUACCCCGAGGUGUCCGUCACGCAGGAGAUCCUCGCGACCCGCGAGACCGCGCGCACGAUCAGCGCCGGGGAACUGUUCCUCCCCGUUCACGACAGCGUCUUCAAAAAGAUCGUCAAUGUAUGGAGAGAGAGAGGGUUGUCCGAGGCGAUCCGCUUUGCCGCAGCCACAGAUCCAGAACAGAUUACGAACGUUGUGCACUGGAUCGCGACGAGGCUGAAUCGAGUAUUGGAUUUGAUGGACAGAGGAAUAUAUCACAGAGAUGUGUUGCCGAUGUCGGGAAAUGGAUCUGUUACCGAUAUCGUUGCUACACGGGACUGGAAUACAUCGCUGGUAAGGUGUCUGUCCUGGCAUCCGCACUGCACUCGCCUGGCUGUGGCCAUGAGGGACGAUAGAAUUCGUAUUUUCUCGCAAGGUCUACUGGGGGUACCGGUAUUGAGGCACAGUGCGCAAAAGUCAGUUUGCUGUUUGAGUUGGAGACCGCACGCCGGUCGCGAAUUAGCGGUUGCUUGCUAUUCCGGAGUAUUAAUUUGGACAAUAGAGUUGGGAGCAGCUAGUAAUUUACUCAGCCACGCGAUACUUUUGAAGCAAAGAAAUCAUGUACCCGUUACAAACGUCGUAUGGCAUCCACAAGGUGAUUUGUUGGCAUCUUGCUCACCGACGGAUUCAAAUAUAAUGAUUUGGAAUGUUUCUAAAGAAGAAGGGGUUCCUCUGAAACGCGUCGGUGGAGGUGGCAUAUGCUUUACAUGUUGGUCGCCUUGUGGCUUGCGAUUAUUUUCUGCUUCAUGCAGAAAUAUUUUUAGAGUUUGGAAUACUGGCGUUCCAACGCCAUGGCAUACAGAAAAGUGGACUGUACCCCAAGGUCGUGUAGCAACUGCAUGCUUUGGUCCCAACUUAACGCUGCUCUUCGCCACAACCGGAGAUCCUGCUACGAUAUUCUCGUUGCCGUUGCAAGAUACUAUAUUUGACGUUAAAAAGGCUACCAAUAACGAUGUAAAGAUAGCUAUGCGUCUAAUCGAUUUAACGAAAGUAAAUUUUUCAUCGGAUGAUAAUGAUGAUUAUAUCACGGUGGGCGGGAAAAUAGUUUCUAUGGAAUGGGAUCCAACAGGAAAAUAUCUUGCCAUUCUUUUCCAGGACAGUCCAGUUAUUGCUCUAGUGAAAACGAACUUGAGUCGUUUAUCGCGGAUAGUGGAAGUGCAGCCGAGCUGUCUUAUCAAAGGAUUUCCCGGAGAAGUGCCGAACUGCAUUAACUUCUAUCAAAAACGUACGUCGUGGAUUUGUUUAACAAUAGCUUGGAGCAGUGGACGCGUGCAGCAUUUUCCGAUUGUGGAAAAUGAAUCUAGAGUUGAUACUAGCACAUAUUCCACGCUAUUACCUCAAUUUGUGAGACCGAAUGGAUCGUACAGCUUUGACGUCCGCGGUUACAGGCAAUAUUAAGUUAUUAUAAUAUAAUACAGUAGCAAUAAGACAAUAAGAUAAUAAUAAGACAUUUUUCUAUUUUUAUUCGUAAAUGAUAAUAUAAUAAUGAAAUAAUGAACUAAUAAACUCAUUUGCAAGAUAAUACCUCAUUAAUUAACUGCAUUUGCGUCGCAGGCAAUAUAAAACUUCUCUAGACAUAUGUAUGUAUGCGUAUAUAGAGCUUACGCAAUUCUCGUUUGAGGGAACUUUAUACCCGUUUUACCGUCUUCGAGAGAAAGAAGAGAAAAAAAUGAGUGGCCCGUCGUUAGACUC